AUGGUGUCAGACUACGCCCGCGUCUCACUCGGUGGCACACCAUUCUACUCCGACCUCGACGAUGACUGGCAUGAAGCCUCUAACAUCCUACGCCGCUUCUCCGUGAACACAUACUCAUUAGAAUGGCUCGACCUCGAGGGCUGUCAAUGGAUCAGAGCGCUGACAUGGCAUCCCUUUACGCCAGACACCACACAACAUGCAGUCGACACGUGGAGUAUAGCAGCGGCAUCACCCGGUCCCGAUUGGAACGAUGCAUGGCGGCGCAUCGUGUACUUGAACUUCUUUCAAGGCUGGAUCCCAGCCGACAGAAAGAGUCUGCAGAACAUGCCUGCAGGCGUCAUACCUGUGCAACUGAUGCGCUGGCUGAGAGAGAAUAAAGAUGAGGAUAUGAGCUGGAAACUGAAUGCGAAGGAAAGAGGUUACGCGGUGCAGGAGUGGAUCGAGAAGGAGAAGACGAGCAGGAGUGUGGCAUCUGAAAUCCUGGCGAUGAGGCGCAGGAAAGAGGGGAGUUGGUGCAAGAUUGAUCCCGGAUGGGGGGAGGAGGUUUGA